GCAGUAACAUUAAAAGUCUCCAUCUACAUUGUGACAGGUAACAGUGUUUCUAUUAUAUUAUCAAUAAAAUAAUAUGCUUUUAUUGUUGAUCAUUUCAAAUGUCUAUUUACGCAGUGCCAUAUGUUUAAAUUAUGUUUUCUCAACCACAGUGUUUAUAUUGUCAGUGAAAGGAAGCAAAAAUGAUGCCAGAUUUAACAGCAAUGCGUACUGGGACAAUAUGGAAGCUUUAGUAAUAAACCAACUUGUUGGAAAAGCUGUGGAAAUCCUGUGCCCCUAUCCAAGCAGCUUUGAUAAGGAUGACCAUUACUUAUGUAGAGGACAUAAUCCUGACAAUUGUGUGAGGAGGACACAAAAAAUAUUGAGGGUUAAUGAAAGAAAAAAGCAUUUUUUAGUGCAUAUUAGUGACCUAAGCAAAGCAGACUCUGGAAUAUAUUGGUGCCGCUCUAACACAACAUGGAGGCAAAGUGAAUACACUAAAGUGCAACUUAACAUCAGUGAUGAACAUGCCAAAAGAAAAUCAAAACGCCCCACUGUGCAUGUGACAGUAACAACUGUGGUGAGGGACUCUAUAUCAUCAACAGCAGCACCAUCAACACACAGUGUGGACAAAGCUAUCCGUGUGGCUGUUAUAGUGUGUUCCACAUUGUUGGUGGUAGCUGUGCUUAUGCUUAUAGUGUUUAAAUACAAGCCUACCUGGAAACAUGGGGAAUCAUCAGUUCAGCAGACACACAAUCGACCCAACAAUGAGGGAGAUCCUGACAAUGUCUUGUAUGCAGAGAUACAGAUGGAGUCCCUCCCGGGACUCAAUUCCAAUUGUAGUUACACAGGGGAAUCAUCAGUUCAGCAGACACACAAUCGACCCAACAAUAAGAGAGAUCCUGACAGUGCCUUGUAUGCAGAGAUACAGAUGGAGUCCUUCCCAGGACUCAAUUCCAAUUCAGGGGAAUCAUCAGUUCGGCAGACAGGCAAUCGACCCAACAAUGAGAAAGAUCCUGAAAGUCAAUUGUAUUCGGAGAUACAGAUGGAGAACUCAGGACACGCCACACUCAGCACUCCAGAUGAAUCGGUGCACUUGCAGUGUUAAUUUUCAGCACGAGUCAAGCAGCUUCAGAUUUAUUUUAGUCCCCUCCCACCACCCACGACAGCAAAUGCUAUGUAUUCCACUGCAAUAAAACCAUAAAGAAGUUACA